UUUAUUUUGAAGUGACCAUGUAAACGCAUGAUGCGACACAGGAACAUCCGCAUUACGACUGCUUUCUACUGCUGACAAGUGGCUACGCUAAUGUUUGCUAACUAUUCUAGCGAGGUGGUGUUUUGUGAGUGUGUGUGUGCGUGCGUGUAGCCCAUUGUGAAUCAUGGAACAGUGUGCAUGUGUGGAACGGGAGCUGGAGAAAGUGCUCCACCGCUUUGUCAUGUACGGCCACCAGUCUGAGGAGAGGCUGGACGAGCUCCUGCGCAGCGUCUGUGAGAUACGAGGACAGCUGGUUGCUUUUGGAGUACAAGAUGGAGACUUGUCUGUCCUGUCUCAGACUAUGGCUCAGUGUUGUAAGAAUAUCAAAGAGACGGUGCAGAUGCUAGCCUCUCGACAUAAGGACAUUCACGGCAGCGUGUCCAAAGUGGGCAAAGCCAUCGACAGGAACUUUGAUGCAGAGAUUAGUGCUGUGGUUGCAGAGACAGUGUGGGACACCCCAGAGAGACAAAAACACCUAAGUGAAACCAUAGUGGAGCAUUUGUACAGACAAGGCAUGCUCAGUGUGGCCGAAGAUCUUUGUCAGGAAUCUGGUGUAGUUAUAGAUAUGAGCAUGAAGCAGCCUUUUUUGGAGCUCAACAGGAUCCUUGAAGCACUAAGGAUGCAGAACUUGAGGCCGGCACUUGAGUGGGCAGUGACAAACAGGCAGCGUCUUCUGGACCUCAACAGCAGUUUAGAGUUUAAAUUGCAUCGCUUGUACUUUAUCAGCCUGCUGAGUGGUGGUAUUGGCAACCAAAUGGAGGCGCUACAAUACGCCAGGCACUUCCAGCCCUUUGCCUCUCAACACCAGAGAGAUAUUCAGAUCCUGAUGGGCAGUCUGGUGUACCUGCGUCACGGCAUUGAGAACUCUCCAUACCGUAGUUUGCUGGAAACCAAUCAGUGGGCUGAGAUUUGUAACAUCUUCACCAGAGACGCCUGCGCAUUACUCGGCCUCUCGGUAGAGUCUCCUCUAAGUGUUAGCUUUGCAUCAGGCUGCAUGGCUUUGCCUGUGCUGAUGAACAUCAAGCAGGUGAUCGAGCAGAGACAAUGCAGUGGCGUCUGGACGCACAAAGACGAGCUGCCCAUUGAAAUUGACCUUGGCAAGAAAUGCUGGUACCACUCGGUGUUCGCCUGCCCCAUCCUCAGACAGCAAACCUCAGAGAGCAACCCCCCCAUGAAGCUCAUCUGUGGUCACGUCAUCUCCAGAGAUGCUCUCAACAAACUGACCAACGCUGGGAAGUUGAAGUGCCCAUACUGCCCCAUGGAGCAGAAUCCCUCACACGCCAAACAGAUCUACUUUUGAUAGCGCACACUCGUCCUGUGAGAGGAAGGAUUAAGUUCCCUGGAGCACCUUGCAUUUCCAGGACCCUUUAUGCUGGCUCUCCUCCUCUUCCUUUUGUCCCAGGCCCAUAAACUUAUUGUAAGCAUUAAGGUUUUUUCUCUUCAGUGCUGAUGGGACAGCCCUGGCCACCCUGUACAAACCAAGGUCCAACUGCGACCUGCAGCGGAAGGAGGAGUGGUAUGAGAAUGUACUCACGAAGAGCCACUGACUAAGAAACACUUGUUGAAACUUGUUUGCAAAUUAAAUUUAAAAUUAUUAUUUA